AUGGACGGGUCUCCGCCGGGUCUCGGCCGCAGAUCUUCCUGCGUGAAAGUCUAUCUGAGCUCCAACCCAGAAGAUUCUGCGGUGGAGCGCAGGGCUCUGAGAGAGACGGUGUUCCCCAGACUCCGGGAGCAUUGCAGACACACGCUGGGAGUGGAUGUCAGGGUCAUAGACCCGUUCGAGUCCAGUGAUCCGAGUCGGUGGCCGGACCAGACUGUUAGACAGCAGCUGAUGCAGGAGUGCAGAGAGAGCUCUGCUGGUCCCUUCUUCAUCGCUCUGGUGGGACAUCGGUACGGCACGGCCGGUAUUCCCGUCCGGGUGGAGGUGGCAGAAUAUCAGCAGCUGCUCCAGGUGUGCCAGCAGAAAGGCAUCGGUACCCAGGUGCUAGAGAGGUCAUAUGUGAGAGAUGAGAACACGGUACCCCCCUCCUACCGCCUGCUGCGCCCGCUGACCCACGCACACCGUCCUCAGCAGUCAGAAGUACAAGGAAACAUAGAAGUGAUGGCGGACACAGAGGAGGAGUUGAGGAGGAUGUUUCAGACUGCUGAGGGGCUGUGUGAGCAGGAGAAACUAAUGACGUCAGAGGAUGCCAACAGCUACUACAGAUCAGCCCUGGAAGCUGAUCUGCGAUUUGCUCUGGAGGACCAGUCUGCUGAAGACAUCCGGCGCUGUCUGGUCUACGUCCAUAAGAUCAUCCACGCGACAGGCCAGAAAGAGAGAGACGCGCUGGAGCAGAUGAAGCAGGACUCACAAGCACGGCUGCAGGUUAAAGCUACGCCACACAUGCGCAACUUUUCUAGCCACCAAGGCAGCUUUCCCGCCGCAGGGGGAAUCUGUGACCGAGUGGCUACAAAGUGGCUACAAAGUGGCUACAAAGAGACCAGCGCUAAUCAUUUCCCCUGGCCUGUCCUCCAUACGCAGAGUGACGAGCUCUUCAUUUCCCGGCUGUGCGUCAACUUCCUGCCCGGCCUCGUCGCCUCCCACCAGCUCCUCGUCUACACCACCGCCACAGAGUGCGACCCUCGCCAUGGUUACACGUCGGCGAGGAGGCGGGGCUACGCCGAAUCCCUCUGCCAGCAGCUGUAUUCCGACCUCCUGGGCUUGAUUGACAGCUCCAUCACCUCGGAGAGCUCACAGCCUUCAUCCGCAAGUCAAACGCCCUGCUUGGGCGCUUCGUUGGCCAGGGAGCAGGCUGAGCAGGCAGAGCUGUGCAGCAUCCUGUCCCGUCUUUACCAUGUCGUUCAGCCAGAGGAGGAACAGGUGAGAGCUUACGUGGAGCAGGCGGAGAGCCGGUGUCCCAUGGUGGUGGCUGGGGGACCGUGCACGGGGAAAACGGUGCUGCUCGCACACUGUGCUCAACAGAUAAAGUCGUGGCUUGCUGACAGUGAUCCCGUGGUGAUCCCUUAUUUUUUCAACCUGUCCAUCAACCCCACCUUAAAGCACCUGCUUUCCAGUCUGUGUUAUCAAAUAGCUCAUGGCUAUAGCGAAAGCUCUGAUCCAAGCCCCAAGCCUGACUCAAAGCCCUUUCUUCACCCCAAGCUCCAAUCUAGCCAUACCUCUACUUUCAGUGGUCACCCCUGUGAGCCUCACUUUUACCUUGGCUCUGCACCUCCCCUGGAUCCUCAUCAUGAACUUGGUACUGAAGGGCAUCAUCCACAGGUUAAUCCUUGCCUUACUACUGUACGUAACCCUGAUCCCGGAGACCUCUGUCCUAACCCCGACGCAAAACUCAGACCUGCUGACCAUAAACCCUCUAUCACAGACCACGAUUUUAAAUCUCACCUCACUUUCACUCAGCUUAAAGAGCGUCUGUCCUCCCUCCUCUUCCAUUUUCCAUCUACCAAACGUCCCGUAGUAUUAAUGCUGGAUGGCAUAGACCAGACUGACGAAAACCAUGCAUGCCCAAUCAUCCAAUGUCUCCCCUCCCCCCUCCCUCCCAGUGUCAAACUCAUCCUUGCAGUCUCUACAAACCAAGUCCACAUCCUACAAGCCAUUAAACUACAUUACCCACAAUGCAACACGCCCCCCUAUAUGGCUGGGGGGAAAGUGGGUGUGGAGAAAAAGGUGGGCGAGCGGUUGGCAUCAGACCAGGCGGAGAGGGCAGAUUGUGUGUAUGUGGAACUAAAGGCUACGGACAGGAAAACGCGUGUGAGGAUGGUAGCGUCUCUGCUGAACAGUGCUGGGAGGAGGGUCACAUCUGGACAACAGGCAAUACUGAACCAGGCUCUGACAUCGUGUUCUCUGAUGCUCUACGCUCGGCUCCUGCACAUACACGCCCUGCUCUGGAGUUCAGAUUCAGAGGUAACUGAAUCUUUGCUCCCUGAUGGUGUCCAUUCAUCCAUUUCUGCUCUGCUGGAUCACUUGGAAGAGAAACACAGCUCCUCUCUGGUGUGUCGCUCCUUAUCUUACAUCACCCUCUCCAGGACCGGGCUCACAGAGGCCGAGCUCACAGACCUCCUGUCCAGUGAUGACAAGGUGCUGGUUGAAUGUACUGAGCAAGGUGAAGCCCCCCUACUCAAAACGAGGGUUCUGCAAGUGGAUGUUGAAAGACUUCUGCUAGAUUUGAGGCAGUUUCUGGUCAGGAGGAAGGUUGCAGGGACACAGGUCCUGUUCUGGAUAAGCAGGCAUUUUGGGCUUGUGGUGGGUAAGAGGUAUUUAGGCACUCAAAAGGUGAGGAAGGAGAUUCAUUCAUUAUUGGCUGACUAUUUCAGUGGGCAGCGGGGGUACGGAAGAGUUAAAUCACUCGACACCACCAACGAAUCAGGGCUCAACAACACUACUACAACUGUCUCUGCCACCGACCAGCCCUUUGUCUUUAAACCUCUCUCUUCAUCUCCCUCUUCCAAGGGGAUAGGUCUAGUAAAUUUAAGGAAGAUACUAGAACUGCCCCAUCACUUGAGAAAGAGUGAGAGGUGGGAGGAGUUGGAGCGUGAGGUGAUGAUGUCACUUGGUUUUCACCAGGCUAUGGUUCGGGCAGAUCUCUUGGGUGAUCUGGUAACUAUGCUGGAGGGAGAGAGUGGUUUGCCACAGGCGUCCUUACCCAGGGAAGGCAUGCUCUUGGCAAGCAUAUUGAAAUCCUCUGCAUGCUUACUCCAGAGCUUGCCCCUGGAGCUGUCAAUGGUGAUGGAGACUAGGCUUCUCCCUUACCUGGGAGUCUACCCUGAACUGGGGGGCUAUGCUAGAGAUAUUUGGCAGGAGAGGAGGAAAAGAGGCUGUGGGGUAGGGGUGGCGCUUCACCCAGCUCCCACUGAUGUUCCCUCCUUUCACAGUUCACUAAGCACAGCCAGAGCCGGGGAGAGUGUCCUCGUCGAAGCAGCUGUGACAGAGUGUGGUACUGUAGUUGGGGUUAUGGAUGAUGGCUCUGCAUGGAUAUGGAAAGUCCCAUGGAGCGAGGGAGUGGAACUGUCAUUAAGGGGUGAACAGAGCAAACUAAAGUUUGUUGGAGUCAAAAGUAGCAGUCGAUUUAUCCUGCUUCCUACACAUUGCUACAAGCUUCUCCUAUGGGACGCGGAAGGCCCAGAGAUGCUUCUGGUCUUAGAGGAACCACUUAGAACAGAACUGGGGCUAAAUGUUACUGAGGGCUUUGUGGUGAGUCAGGGAAAGUUAUGCAUAUGGUGGAAAGGGAAGAACUCGGUGAGUGUGUUUGAUAUCUCCAACAACGAGUCCCUGACUCAUUUCCAGUGUCCAAGUUCUGUGACCUGUCUGGUUUGGUCCUCGGAUGCCUGUUACAUAUUCUGCGGCCAGGAAAAAGGCAAGGUGUCCAUAUUUGACAUGAACACUAACAACUUCAUCGGUGUCUGUUCAAACCCAAAUCAGAAUGCUAUUCUGUCAGUUAUUGUCUGUGAGGAAAAGUGGGAAAUGGCAUGUCUUGACACCACAGGGACUAUUACACUUUGGAACAUAGAGGCCAAAAUACAACCUGUUCUUUUAAAGGAGUGUUUUGGUGGGAGCAAUACCACUAAGAUCUUCAAUACAGAUUACUCAGAAGAACUGUGCACCUUAUUGGUAUGUGAAGCCCACCAGGUCACAUUAUGGGAUACAUGUGAAUGGGUACUAUGGGGCCAGUUUUUGGCACCGCAAGGGCGGGCUUUCAUUCAUGCUGUGCUUGCCGAGGAAGGCCACCUCUUUCUGGCUUUGUUAGAAUCCUGUCCCCUAGUCUUUGUGUGGCGAAUCAGCACUGGGGAGUGUGUUCUUUCCCUAGACACAGGCGCCAACACACUACUACUUACACUUAUCAAAGCAGCGUCAAAUCUGAUAUCUGUGGCUCAAAAUGGAUGUCUCACAAUGUGGGACUCCAAGCUGUUAUAUGCAGCAGGUUUGGCCUCCAAAAUGGGGUCUGGGGUGAAGGAUGUAGUAGUUGAACUGAUGGACAAGCAUUUUUACACGACUGAUGGUUCAGAGACAGUGUGGGGGUGGAACUUAGAAACAGGGAUUUCAUGUUCCAACUUCCUGCACGACUGUCCCGUUGAAAAACUUUGCCUCUCUCCUGAUAAAAAACAUCUUCUGACGCUGUCAGGAGGGGAUAUUUAUCUUUGGCAGACGGAAACAGGGCAGAACACCCAGCGUAUUAGUGGUAGCAGAGCCACAGACAUCUUGAUAACCCUAAAUGGUCAUUUUGGGGUAAGUCUUUCUGAAAGGGCGCUCUCACGGGUUUGGAAGCUUGCAAAUGGAGUUAUAGUGUGUAACAUACAUCUUUACCUAACUAAUGCCCAGGUGUCACCUGAGAGCACUUACCUUAUAGGCUGUUAUCAGGGAGACCUGUUAGCUGUUGGCUUGUGGUCAGGUUAUGUCAGCAAGCGCUUCUCUUGCACUGAGUGCUCUGAGCACAUUCUGGCAUUCCACACACUUCCAGAACAACCAGAGUUUGUAAUGGUGAUGGAUGCCUCUGGGACAAUAUUCACGUGGAAAGUGGCAGAGGAGACAGUGUGCAGGCAAUUUCAGCUUCCCUCUUGUUUCCAGUACCAGCUGCAAAUCCUCCAAAUGUCCUCAAAUGGGAACUUUGUGCUCCUCUCUACGGAUGAUGAAGUCAUAACAAUCCUGGACCUAUUUCGGGCCAGGUUGUGUUUGGUCAAAGUUGAGGGUGCUGUCUUUAAAGCCGGCUUAGACAAAUGUGGAUGCUAUGCUGCCUACAUAUCCCAUCCCCCUGCUCAGGGGAACUGCUGUCUCUGCAACUUGCAUGGCAAAUGUGUCCUCACAGUGGUGCGACUUGCAGAUGGGUUAAUAGUAGGAAGGUUGCGUCUGUGUAAGACGCCUUUGACUCUGGUUAUGCACGAUCAGCCGUGUGUUUUCGUAGGAUUCAAGGAUGGAUCUGUGGGAGUAUAUUCCAUUUUAGACGUCACGAUGAAUGAUGGAGAGUUCAUUAAGAGCAGGGAAAAUCUCAUCAGUCAGCAGCAGCAAUGCCCAUGUGACAAAACACUGAAUUCAUUCAUCUUGGCAGCUCGGCCCUUUACCCCCGACAGGGAGAAAAAGCAGCGUCUCGACAGGGACGAGCUGCAGGCCCAGGUAGCGUUUAAGAGUCAACAAAGUGCCCCAGAAAAAAGCAGAACCAUCUUCUCCGAGAGCGCUGAGACCAGGUCCACCAGACCCAGGAGCAAGGCCAUAAAGGGCCACGCCGCUCACCCUGAGAAGCGGCAGAAGGAGACAGCGUCGUCGGAGGACACGAGGAGGUGCAGCAUCAAACCCAGACGCCAACGAGGGGACGAGGAGAGGCGUUUUAUCAAAUGUGGCUGGGAAGAGGAGGGUUCCCAUUCAUAUUUUGAGCUGCUGAAACUGCGCUUUAAAGUUCGAGGCCUUCGUUCACUGGCCAGCUGA